UUUGCGAAUUCGAGGCGCGCGGUUCUGUUCCAGAAACCCGCAACAGGAUUCCAUUGGAAUAAAGCACUGAUUUUGUCGUACAUGUCCAAGUAACGGUGUUUCUUAUGUGCGUGAAUGUGAACUGUAAUUUUGUCCGCCGCUGUAUAUUUUAAUAUAAUUACGUGCACUUUCUUUGUGCAAAAUAAGAACGGAAGAAAUCGGAAAAAGGAGAGAAGGGAAAGUUCUGCUCUUCAAAGGACAAUUCAAGUUCACGUCUUCGAGUGGGAAGCUGCAGGGGCAACAACAAAACACGUGUGUUUGUUUUUUAGGCGGGAUCAGGAGAAUCUACUCGACAACAUGGUGCACACGUCGACUUCAAAUGACGCCAAGAAGUGGCCGCAAUAUGUCGCCGCAUUGGCUGCAGCUGGUGGCGCCUUCGCCGCCGGUACCGUCCUGGGUUGGACAUCGCCGGCCGAAACGGUGAUCGUGGAGGAUAAGGAAGGAUACGAUUUCUCCGUUGACUCAGAUCAGUUUUCGUGGGUGGGAUCGGCCAUGACGCUGGGUGCCGCCUGUGUGUGCAUUCCCAUUGGCAUCCUGAUCAAUAUGAUUGGCCGAAAGUGGACCAUGCUGUUUCUGGUGCUGCCCUUCAUCCUCGGUUGGGCCAUGCUCAUCUGGGCGUCCAAUUUGGGUAUGCUGUAUGCUGCGCGCUUCAUCCUCGGUAUCGCCGGUGGAGCCUUCUGUGUGACCGCUCCCAUGUACACGGGUGAGAUUGCCCAGAAGGAAAUUCGCGGCACGCUGGGCAGCUUCUUCCAGCUGAUGAUAACCAUUGGUAUCCUGUUCGUCUAUGCCGUCGGAGCUGGUGUGAGCAUAUUCUGGUUGAGCGUCAUUUGUGGCCUAUUGCCCCUCGUGUUUGGCGCCAUCUUCUUCUUCAUGCCAGAAUCGCCCACCUACUUGGUUUCCAAAGAUCGGUCGGAGAACGCCAUCAAGUCCAUUCAAUGGCUGCGUGGCAAGGAUUACGACUACGAGCCAGAGCUGGCGGAGCUGCGUGAAAUCGAUCGGGAAACCAAGGCCAACAAGGUGAAUGUGUGGGCUGCCCUCAACCGUCCCGUCACCCGGAAGGCUUUGGCCAUCAGCAUGGGUCUUAUGUUCUUCCAGCAGGUUUGCGGAAUCAACGCUGUUAUUUUCUACUCUUCGAGGAUCUUCAAGGAAGCCAAUACUGGCAUCGGACCCCAGUGGGCAACCAUCAUUAUCGGCAUCAUGCAGGUGGUGGCCACCUUUGUCUCCACCCUGGUAGUGGAUAAACUGGGCCGUCGCAUCCUUCUGUUGGCUUCAGGAAUUGCCAUGGCCAUUUCCACCACCGCCAUCGGAGUGUACUUCUACCUCCAGAGUCAGGACGAAGAUCAAGUGGAGAAUCUGGGCUGGCUCCCAGUGGGCAGCUUGUGUCUGUUCAUCAUCAUGUUCUCGAUUGGCUAUGGACCGGUGCCAUGGCUGAUGAUGGGAGAGCUCUUUGCCACCGAUAUUAAGGGAUUCGCUGGAUCGCUGGCCGGAACCUCCAACUGGCUUUUGGCCUUCGUGGUCACCAAGACGUUUGUGAACUUGAACGAAGGCAUGGGCAUUGGCGGAACCUUCUGGCUCUUCGCUGGUCUGACUGUUCUGGGAGUGAUAUUCGUUUUCUUCGCCGUGCCGGAAACGAAGGGCAAGAGUCUGAAUGAGAUUCAGCAGGAGCUGGCUGGCAACCGGUCGACUCCUGAAGCUAUUCCCGCGGAAAAGUAAAGGAACAAUAUCCACCUGUGGAGCCAGAAACAGAAAUCGCAAUUGGCAAACCAGAAGGCGAAAGACGGACCGGAAAUCACUGUUAACUUGCUGUUAAUAUACGUUCGAUUUAAGUUCGCGUUUAGUGCAAGUCUUUUGGCGUUUUCGAUGGAUGAAUUUGUUUAUAGAAUUUAAUAUCCGCAUAGAUUUUCGGUUAAGUAUAGCAAGAUUCAGAUAAAGAUGAAGAGAAUUGCAGGAAACUAUAACUAAGAGCGAAGACUGAAGGUCAACUGCAGAAAAGCCGCGAUAUUUUAUUUUUUUGCAGCCAUAGAAAAGACAACAGCAAUUUAAGAAAAAACAUAUAUACCUAUAUAUAUCCAUAUAAUGUAUGUAUGCUUAUUUAGUGUUAUUCAUUCAACCAACGAAAUCUGUUUUACAAAAUUUUAAGGCAUACUUGCAUUUGUUCGGAUUUUUAAGGUGUUUGCAAGCAUUUGUUCGAUAAUUCUUAAUCUAAUUGUACUAUAUUGUAUGUCUAUGUAUAUGAACUUUAUGUAUGUGUAGCUGUUUGGGUCUAAAUUUCAAAAAGCAUUCAGUCGAUUCACUUAGCAUAGCUCGUUUAAGUUAUAAGCCACGCCAUUUGCCAAUAUAUUUAUUUAUGCCAAGUUAGCGAGAGAAAGAUGUUUAUAUUUUAUUUAGUAAAACCAAAAUAUACGCAUUUUUAAAUAAUA